UUUAGACAAUUACAUGGAAGUGAUUUACCUGAUGUCUUGCGGAUAAUGUUAGAAAUCCUGACAUAAUGGAUAUCAUGAUUUGCUGUAUAUGUCACCAUGCAGUUGAAGACAACCAAGGCUCUAAACUUACAGUAAAAGGAUGCAGUGGAAUAAAUGAUGCUAGCUUGAAGAGACAGGAUAAUGUUCAGGCUGUUCCAGGAAAUUUUGUUCACAUUGCAUGUCGAAAGACUUACAAAAAGGCUAAUGUUAUUGUUCGCGAUACAAAAGAAAACUUUAGUCCAAACACCAGAUUUGUGAGGUCUAAAGCUGAUGUAUUGAAUUUUCAAGAACAUUGUAUAUUUUGUGGUCAUUCUGCUAAAUACAAUGACAGAAAACGCGGUUUGGAUGUUUUUCCAGUAAGGACAUUAGAGUUUCAAAAAACUAUAAAAGAGUUGUGUUCAGCUAGAGGAGAUGAUUGGGCUGAUAAGGUUCGGGGCAGGAUAGAAUAUGUAAAUGACCUAUCAGCAGUUGAUGCAGUUUACCACCAGUCCUGUAGCAUCAAUUUUAACCUAUGACGAUGACAUCACCAAUACGAGGCAGACCCACGAACGAAGCAGCACAUCUAGCUUUUCAAUAAGUGAUCUCAUCAUUAAAAGAAAGUGACGAUGAGCAAAUAACAGUUACAGAUUUAGUUGACCAAAUGAAAAAUAUUUGUGGAGAAAAUGCAUAUGGUGUACAAUACACUAAGCAGAAAUUAAAGGAACAUUUUGUUGAUUCAGUUAUAAUCACAGACAUAAAUGGGAAAGUAGAUGUGGUCACCUUUACAAGAACUGCAGCUUCAAUAUUACAUGACUUCUAUUCACAAGGAAAGUUAGAUAAUGCCGAGGCCCAAAAAGAGACUCUUUUAAAAACAGCAGCUAAGUUAAUUCAAAAUGAUAUCAAGGAUGUAAAAAGUGACAAAUCAGUUCAUCCAAAUCCGGAUGAUAUCGCCAAUAAGCAGUUUGUGCCUGAAAGCUUAUUAAUCUUUUUAAGAGAAAUAUUUUCGGGGAAGGAUUCUGAUGUAAAAUUGUGCUCAAUAGGUCAAGCCAUUAUGCAAGCUUGUCGACCUAGAACUAUCAUAGCUCCAUUACAGUUGGGGUUGGCUGUUCAGCUCCAUCAUCAUUUUGCGUCAAGGUAUCUCAUUGAUGUGUUGAAUAGCCUUGGAUUUUGUGUGUCUUACUCUGAAGUGCAGAUGUUCGAGUCAAGUGCAGUUUUUACAAACAAUACAAAUAUUGAAAACUAUCAUGAAGACAUGUUCAUUCAAUAUGUGGGUGACAAUGUUGACCAUAAUCUACGGACUUUGGAUGGACACAAUACCUUUCAUGGUAUGGGUAUGAUUGCCUGUGUUACACCGGGAAACUUUAGUUAUAAACCAGUGACAAGAAGGCGCAUUACAACUGAGGAUCUCUUGUCAAUUGGAAGGAUAAAUAAACAAUAUUACACAGCACCAUGUAAUUCAAAGCCUUCACUGAAAUUGUCAGAGAUAACAUUACAGAAUAAAACUCGUAUAUAUGAUGCUUACAACAAAAUUUCAUUUCUUGCGCAGAUCACUUGGCCACACAGGAAACCUGGACCCGAAUGGUCCGGACUUAUGCAGAUGAUAAGUAAAGGUGAACACCCAGGUAAAUCAUCGGUUAUCCUGCUACCUAUGAUUGAUAUGGAUCCGAACGACAUGUCAUGCGUUUUCACAACGCUUCAGUAUAUUUCCAGCCAUGCAUACAAGUACAAGCAAACCGCGGUUGUCACAUUUGAUCAACCAUUGUAUUGGAAAGCAGUAACAAUUGUAUCCAAAGCUAAUGAUGGUACUUUGCUAAAGGACAUGGUAGUUCGACUAGGCGGAUUUCACUGCAUAAUGAGCUUUCUGGGAUGCAUUGGCCAACUCAUGUCAGGCACAGGAUUGAAUGAAUUGUUUGAAACAGUGUAUGCUCCAAAUACUGUGCCACACAUUAUGAGCGGGAAAGCAGUUGCAAGAGCUGUUCGCGGACACUCGUUAGUCUCAACUGCCCUAUGUAUUCUAUUGAUGCGUGAGGAAAUUAUUAGUUCUGUAAAAAAAACCUAUUGAUGACAAUAACAACACACCAGCAACUCCAAGUAAAAAAAACUGCAAUAAUGAAGAAAGUACAUUUGAAGGAAAUAGCUACACUGUGUCUCCCAGCAUGCAAACAAUGACUGACCUCUAUGAAAAGCUUGUAUCUGGUAAAAAUCUACCACACGAUGUGUAUGACAAUGAACUUUUAGAUAAGUUAUUUCGAUCCUGGUUGGACACAAAAUCUCGUCUGAAAGUGUACCCAACAGCAGCAUUGUGGAUCCAGUAUCUGGAAAUAAUUGACAUCUAUAGACAGUUUGUAUUUGCUGAGCGUACUGGUAACUGGGAAUUGAGUCUGCAGUCCCUUCAUGAAAUGUUACCGUAUUUUGCUGCAGCAGGACACAACUUAUACUUAAAAUCUGUAUACCACUAUUUGGAAACUAUGAAGAAACUUCCCGAAAGCCAUCCAAAUGUUUGUCAAGCAUUUCAAAAUGGUUUACAAGUUGUGAGACGAAGUGACAGAUACUGGGCAGGCUUGUCACCAGACCUUGUUAUUGAGCAAGUCCUAAUGAGAAGUGCAAAAACUGCAGGUGGAAUGGCACGUGGUAAGGGUAUGUCAGAAAGCCAACGUACACAAUGGCUUUUAUCCAUGCCUACAUGUGUUGAAAUGAACAAUGCAAUGCAAUCUUUCUGUGAGAAAGAAUUUCAGUCCAGUCCACAACAUAAUAAGGAAUUUGGGAAAACUCGCAAUGAGAGAGACUACAAGGACACACAAACAUUCGUGUCCUUUCUAGAAGAAAGAACCCCAUUUCGUAAGGAUCCUCUUUUGUACAAUAUAGAAACUGGUGUCACCUCCUCAGAAAACGCGAAUGUACAUAAGGCUAAAAAUGUUGGGGAUGGUAUUGUCCAGUCUAUGAUGGGACAAGAUGCUUUUGAAAUCACAUUUAAACGGAACAAAAGGGCGGUUACUCUGGACGCUGCACAGCGGAACAAGACAGAUGACGUUGUGAAAGUUGAUCCACAAUUACUGUUUCAAAGACUAUCUACAGCAGCCCAAAGAUUUGCUGAUGACAUUACAGUAUAUUUUCAUAUGAGCUUUGUAGUGUACCAUCUGCAUUGUUUGAUACUACUGGACUCAUUCGAAAGUCUCAAAAGUCCUUACUGGCUGAUGCGAUAUGGAAACUUGGUGACUGUAGUGCAUGUGAGGAAUCUGACACUGUAAACUUAACUUAUGUGCUUGAUGGUGGAUCUCUUCUUCAUCAUUUGCCGUGGAAGUUGGGAAUGACAUUUGCUGAAAUCUGUAAAGCCUAUAUAAGCUACAUAGCUGGAAGGUAUUUCAAUGCAGUGAUUGUGUUUGAUGAUUAUCUGUCAGGACCAACAACAAAAGACACAGCACAUAUCAGGCGAACGCAUGGUGUUGUUGGACCAAAAGUCUACUUUACAAAAUGCACUCCAUUGGCUUCACGAAAAGAUAAGUUCUUGUCAAACCCAGAAAAUAAACAGAAUUUCAUUUUCAUGUUGGGAACAGAAUUAGAAGGACACGGAUAUCGUUGUGUUCACGCUGUCCAUGAUGCUGAUCGGUUGAUUGUAGAAACUUCUCUCAAAUUAGCGGAAACAUCAAAUGUAACCAUUAUUGGUGAAGAUACGGAUUUACUUGUACUUCUGUUGCAUUUCAAUUCACCCAGCAGAUCGGUAUUCUUCAAGUCAGCAACCAGUGCUACAGCCUCCAAGGGAUUGCGAGUUUGGCAUAUUCAGAAGACAAAACGGGUAUUAGGUCUCAGCUGUUCCCAUAUCCUGCCUGUAAUACAUGCCCUCACUGGAUGUGAUACUACCUACAGAUGUAUGGCAUAAGCAAAGGAGCGGCACUGAAAAAGUUUUUGGGUAAUACAGAUCUUGUUACACUUGCGGAGACAUUCAUAGAACAGUCCACUGAAGAAAGCAUAGUAAGCAAUGGAGAAAAGAUACUUGUUAGUCUGUAUGGUGGAUUGGAUGAGGAAGGGUUAGACAUGUUACGCUUCAGGAAAUUUACGCGGAAGGUAAUGACAAGUACAACCCAUGUGCAGGUCCAAACAUUACCACCUACCUCUAGGUCGGCAAGGUAUCACAGCGUGCGCUCAUAUUUUCAAGUCCAGGAGUGGAUAGGAGCUGACCCACGACUGCUGCCAACUGAAUGGGGUUGGGCUCUUAAUAACGACAGACUUCUACCAUUGAAAACAGAUUUACCGCCUGCCCCAGAGAACCUUCUUAACAUGAUUAAAUGCAGAUGCAAACGAAAUUGCGAUUCUAAAAAAUGCACAUGUAGAAAAAACGGACUUGAAUGUACAACUGGAUGUUCAGAGUGCCAGGGUGUUAGUUGCACUAACACAACAUGUAGACGGGAAUCAGACGAUUCUGACUCAGACUUGGAAUUAUAAGAACCUGGUUUAACAUUUGUGUAAAAGACUUUAUUACAUGCGCCUGAUACUUGUGGUCAAACAUGAACGUAAUGUGGCAGUCAUAUAUCCUAUUGAGGUUAUGUUCGUUGCCCCACCCACUUCUUCAUUAUUGUAUAAUGUUUCAUGUAUAUUUAUCUCGCUUUAAAUACAUGCACAGAUAGCAAAAGAAUAUAUUUUUAUAUUAUUUGCUACUUUCUGUGUACCGGAUUAUGUUCAAAUAUUGAAAUGAAACUGCUCUUCUGAACACUAUUUAGCUGUAGCAGGCAAUUUCUAUCUGAAAUAUUAAGUGUUUACCGAGUAAAUAUUUUCAUUUUUUUACAAUAUUUUCCCUGCUUAGAUUUUUCUAGAUUUUUUUUAUUUGAUAUAUAAUAGAUACUAGAUGGUAAAUUUAAAGGUUUCGUUUCUGUUGCAAUUUUUUAAGGUUAUGGCUAUUUUGGGGAUAUUUUGACUGGACUAGAGUUAAAGUCUACCAGUUAGACCACUCGGCUAUCCGUACUGAUACAAUGCGUGAUGUAUUUUUUACUUUAUAUAUCAAUACUCGUAGUAUCACAACAUAUAACGACAACAACAGAACUCUCCAAAUAAGUCAAUCGUUUCGCGUUGCAACGCCUUAUAAUUUUCAGGUUUUUAAAUCGUCAAAAGAUGCAUAUAAUAGAUAUUUUAGAGAAUGUUAAAUGUUCAGUAUUACUGUUUCCUCACAAAUAUCAUAACUAAAACGAAAAUUUGCGAAUCUGAAACAAUUUUUUUUUAGUUUUGUCAAUUUACCAAAACGUAAAAAUGCCCCUUUAAUAUGCAAACCAUAAUAUGGUCCCUUAAAGUUUUUAUGUGAUUUAACUAACUUUAACGGCAUGUUCUUCAAUUUAAUGUUCUUUCUUAAAGCUGAAUGUUAUAGAUUAAAAUUGUUGUUGUAAUAAUCAUGGUUCAACAACAUGAAUUAAUCAUCGUUUGAAUGUUCAAAAAAACUAUUCAGUCCGAUACUACCUAUAUAAAAUCGUCCUCAACUUUAAUGCAUCAAAUAAAAUUAUAGGAAAGUUAGUUGAUAAUUUGAAUUUUUUAAUAUUUUAGCUAUUAUACAAAAACUUGUAUAACAUAAUAUAAUAUUAUUAUGAAU